AUGGGAACGAAAACAUCGAAACGAAUAAACGACGAAGAUUCAAUAAAUACACGACGAAAUUCUUCUUUUUUUUCUUCUCAAACUGUUCGACGUUCUUAUGCUGAUUGGAUUUGUCAUUCACCUUUGAUAAGUAGUGAUAUUGAUCGUUUAACAAAUGAAGAAAUAAAUCAUUUUCGAAAACAUCAACAAAUAACAAAGAAUUUUCCAAAUUCUCAAACAAAACACCAAAAUUCUCCUUCAAAAAAUCUUCUUAGAAUUGAACAAUUAGUUGAAUCUCCAUCAAACAAAGAAAAUUCUCUUUCAACAAUCGAUUUCAAUCAAUUGAAUUCUCUUGGAAAUUUUCGAAUUACUUUAAUUGAUCAAUCAGAUUUACAAAAUGCUCAUGAAAUCGGAAAAGGCAAUUUCGGAACAGUUUAUCAUGCAUUAUACAAAAAUAAACGUGCCGUUGCUUUAAAAACUUUACAUUCUUCUUCCCAAGAGAACUAUUCUAAUGAAAAUCUUCUGAAACUUCUAUUUGAAGCUCAUAUAAUGACACAAUUAGAACAUGAGAAUCUAUUAAAUAUUCUUGGAGUGACAUUUUAUGGAGAAAAUCAACAAUUAAGUUUAGUAACAGAUUAUAUGAAAAAUGGAUCUUUAUUAACUUAUCUUCGAAAACAUCGAAAUCACUUUUAUAAAUCUUCUAGAAAAGAAAUUAAUCAGAAAUUGGAUCAUUUUUCUCAACAAAUUUUCCAAGCGAUGCUUUAUUUAGAACAAAGAAAAAUUAUUCAUCGAGAUUUAGCUGCGAGAAAUUGUUUAAUUGAUCAUGAAGAUCAUUUAAAAGUCGCAGAUUUUGGUUUAACAAAAUUAACUGAUUGUGGUUUGUAUAAAGGAAAUGCAAAGACAAUCUUUGCAAUUCGUUGGUCAUCACCAGAAGUUAUUUUAAAUAUGAAAUAUUCAUCACGAUCAGAUGUUUGGAGUUUUGGUAUAACUCUUUGGGAAAUUUAUUCAUUAGGAGAACGUCCAUUUGGAUAUUUUAAUAAUCAAACGGUUAAAAAUCUCUUAAAAACUUCUUCAAGCAAUUUUUCUCAAUAUUUUCCUCAAUCUCAACAAUUUGGUUCAAAUGAAGUUUAUACUCAUCUGAUUUUACCUUGUUUAACAUAUAAUGUCACUUUAAGACCAUCUUUUAAAGAUUUAAAUGAAAGAAUUUCCAAAAUUCUUAAUGAAAAUAAAUAA